AUGUUCGGUCAUGAGGAGCACGACUGCACGCUCUCCUAUGCCAGCGUCACCGGGCCCGUGGGUGGUGAUGACUCGUCCGAGCUGCUCAUGGACGAGCGUGACGCUGAAGACGCAGCAAGUUCGGGCGACGGAGCGCUAGCGACGACAGACCUGGCCAAAGCAAGUGGGCCGAACGCGACAACGGGCAACAGCCCGCUGACCAGCCGUUGGAGCCACAACCCAGGGAUUGCAACAGCCUCAGAGAGGCCAGAAUCGUCUGAACCUCCCGCCAAGGAACCGGACGCUACCACCGGACAGGACAAUAUGGACCAGAGCGAGAGCGCAGCCGGCGGCCUGGCCGGCAAGCGCCCUUGGGACGAAGGUAGAGACGAGACAAGUACUCCCGAUAGCGGCAGUGGUGGGGAACCACCGACGAAGGCAGCAGGGAAUAGGCGUCCAUCUUUCAAACCACGGCCGACAAUUCCGGCCGGCCCUCGGGCAGAGGCCAAGCCGCCUCUGCAGUCUACACCACCUGGGUAG